AUGUCUCAUAAGAGAAAACCCACAGGAGAAAAGGCUCGGAGCUUCAACAGGCCUUUUCUGUUCCUAGUACUUGCGAGCUUUGUCUUCUUCUUCAUUGGAAGAUACAGCGCAACAGGCAACGGGCAAGACGAAGUGCAAUCUCAUGAGCAUGGGCCUUUGAAAACCCUCUGCUAUAUGUCUCGGAACCUACAAAGACACCCUGAUUUUUUCUCUGCGCUGGGUCUAGAUCCGUUCUCAUCUGAAUUUCUCAAGUUUCGUCAAGGCAUGGGCACCGACGAGAUGGUGGAGAAUGUGCUUAUGGACGCGUAUGUGAGAAUCCGGAUGGAAGACAUUCGGUACAACCCAGAUAUGUUGACAGCUACGGAAGCUCUACUCGAUAAGCAUCGAAUGAGCGCAUACUUGGGCUGGGUUAAGAAUCUAGGUGCACAAGGUUGGAAAGUAAACUGGGAAAUGCAAUGCGCUGGCAUUUGA